AAUGGCGUUCGCCCCGCCCCUGCAAGGCGUCGCUGCGAACUCUGCGUCCCCUUUAGAAGAGAAGCCGGGAGCUAAGAUGGCGGCCGCCGACGGAGAUGACUCGCUGUACCCAAUUGCCGUGCUGAUCGACGAGCUACGGAACGAGGACGUUCAGCUUCGUCUGAACAGCAUCAAGAAACUCUCCACCAUUGCGUUGGCCUUGGGCGUUGAGCGGACGCGCAGUGAGCUCUUGCCUUUUCUCACAGAUACUAUUUACGAUGAGGAUGAGGUGCUACUCGCCCUUGCGGAGCAGCUGGGAACCUUCACAGCUCUGGUUGGGGGCCCUGAAUAUGUCCACUGUUUAUUGCCUCCACUUGAGAGCCUUGCUACAGUGGAGGAGACAGUGGUGCGGGACAAGGCGGUGGAAUCCCUGCGCGCAAUCUCCCAUGAGCACUCUCCAUCUGACCUUGAGGCCCAUUUUGUGCCCCUGGUGAAGCGCCUGGCAGGAGGUGACUGGUUCACCUCUCGCACCUCUGCUUGUGGCCUCUUCAGCGUCUGUUACCCGCGAGUCUCCAGUUCAGUGAAAGCUGAGCUCCGUCAAUAUUUCCGGAACCUAUGCUCAGAUGAUACCCCAAUGGUGAGGCGAGCAGCAGCCUCCAAGCUGGGUGAAUUUGCCAAAGUCUUGGAGUUGGAACAUGUCAAGAGUGAGAUCAUCCCCAUGUUCUCUAACCUGGCGUCUGAUGAGCAGGACUCAGUUCGUUUAUUGGCUGUGGAAGCAUGUGUUAAUAUUGCUCAGCUCCUGCCCCAGGAAGACCUGGAAUCUUUGGUCAUGCCAACGCUACGGCAAGCAGCAGAAGACAAAUCUUGGCGGGUCCGUUACAUGGUGGCUGAUAAGUUCACAGAGCUCCAAAAAGCUGUUGGGCCAGAAAUCACUAAGACUGACUUAGUGCCAGCCUUCCAGAACCUCAUGAAAGACUGUGAAGCUGAAGUCCGGGCUGCUGCCUCCCACAAAGUCAAAGAGUUCUGUGAGAACCUCUCUGCUGAUUGUCGUGAAAAUGUCAUCAUGACCCAAAUCUUGCCCUGCAUCAAGGAACUAGUGUCAGAUGCAAAUCAGCAUGUCAAAUCAGCAUUGGCCUCUGUGAUCAUGGGGCUCUCUCCCAUUUUGGGCAAGGACAAUACAAUUGAACACCUCUUGCCUCUCUUCCUGGCUCAGCUCAAAGAUGAGUGUCCCGAAGUCCGACUCAACAUAAUCUCCAACCUGGACUGCGUGAAUGAGGUGAUUGGUAUCCGGCAAUUGUCUCAGUCCCUCCUCCCAGCCAUUGUGGAAUUGGCGGAGGAUGCCAAAUGGCGUGUGCGAUUGGCUAUCAUUGAGUACAUGCCCCUGUUGGCUGGGCAACUGGGUGUAGAAUUCUUUGAUGAGAAGCUGAACUCCCUUUGCAUGGCAUGGCUUGUGGAUCACGUCUAUGCCAUCCGAGAAGCGGCUACCAGCAACCUUAAGAAGCUUGUGGAGAAGUUUGGCAAGGACUGGGCCCAUGCCACUAUAAUCCCAAAGGUGCUGGCUAUGUCCAAUGACCCCAACUACUUACACCGCAUGACCACACUCUUCUGUAUCAAUGUGCUGUCAGAGGUGUGUGGGCAGGAGAUCACCACAAAGCACAUGCUUCCCACCGUUUUGCGGAUGGCAGGCGAUGCAGUAGCAAAUGUCCGCUUCAAUGUGGCCAAGUCCCUUCAGAAAAUUGGACCAAUCCUGGACAACAGCACCCUUCAAAAUGAAGUGAAGCCAGUUCUGGAAAAACUAACACAGGAUGCUGAUGUGGAUGUCAAAUACUUUGCCCAGGAGGCACUGACUGUGUUGGCGUUGGCUUGAGCCUUGGGACCUGGCUGUGUUGUGUCUUCAGCUUGGACGCCAAUGGACCGACCCGUUCUCCCCUUUCCCUGCAUGUGUAUGAACACCCCCCUCCCGAUCCAUGUGGUGGUAAUGGUAUCAGCCUGAGCUGAUUCUUGCCCCCACUGGAGUCCAUCUUCCUCCCCUACUCUUAGCUCUGUGUUUUCAGACCUUCUUGGGCAGCUGUGAUACUCUCUCCCCUUCCCAUCUUAGACAGGUUUAAUUUGUUUGUUUCUUUCAUCACCCGGAGGCAGCAAACAGUUCCUAGUUCUAUGUCCUGGUGCAAGCUUGCAAGAGAGGCAGAGGCAUGUUGAAUCUGAGCUUAGCAAGAGGUGAAACUUGCUUGCUUGGGCACCCUGUAACAUUAUUGGCCAGGGUUUGCAUGAGAAUGUUCCCACAGUGCUGUAUGUAGCUGUGCAUGCAGUAUCAAUCUGGCCUUUUUCUUGCUGGUAUUUGCUCACCGGCAGCCUGAUGGGUCCUGCAGUUCCCCCAUCCCAAUUAGUCCCUAUUUUUUUCCAUUCAGUGUUCAACACCAGUCUAAUCAGAAAAAGCAUUAGAAAUGAGCUGAAAGCCAGAGAGGUUGCCUUGAUUUGCAAAAGUUCUUGGUUGGUUGUGGGAUGCCUUGGAGCUCUCCCUUUUACGGUCCAGAAAAGGUAGAGAGGGCUGGUCAAACCUCCUCUUAAAAUCUACCUGAUUAAACUGGGUAAUAAUAUCCUUUGCAUAUCUAAUUUUAUGAUCUGCUGUCUGCUUGAAAGAGGUUGGCAUUAGAGAUGGCAUCUGUAGUUUAAGUGAGUACAGCUGAUGUGAUUUGGGGGUGGAGGUUUUAAAACAGGCAAGUAUUGCAUUGCCUCAUUCCUUUGCAUUGGGCUACUGCCUGUGGACUAAAAUGAGUCAGGGACUUGCAUUAUUAAGCAAACUUCUGGGCUAUGCCUUUCCUAAAUAAGGAGCCAUAGGAGAUGCUUUAUGAGAAAAACAGGCAUAUGAGGGAAAACCAAAUGGCUUUCUCUCUGGUGAUGCUUAAAUGAUCCUGUGGUGUGUUUGCCAGUUGCAAUUCUCAGUUUUUUUUAUCACAUGACACUGAAAAAAGACAACUUUCUUCUCCCUUGUCUUCAAACAUUUCCCCAAAAUCUCUUGAACCCUCCCAUUUCCCAGAUUCUGCUGCCUCCUCUGCGGUUCUUGCACUGGACAAGUGAAAUGUGUGUGUGUGUUUUCUAACCACAUACCCCCCUAAUACAAACACACCCACCCUCUGUUAGUGGCAUGUCAUUUAAAAAUUGUUGGAUUAUUAUUAUUAUUUUGGUGUACACUUGUUUAAUCCCACCUCCCCUUACGAUUAAUAAAAUGCUCGAACGUUA